AUGUGGAAUCGAUUUGGUCUGUUCUGCUUACUUAUUGAGGCUCCUAUAGAGUGCUAUGCCUCUAGUGCGGCGCAUCUUACGAUGAUGGUGUCAAAAGAAUCAACAGCAUCUUCAUCUUCCUCUAACACCUCAAUGACUCCAGGAACAGUGUCUCCUGCAGACACAGAUGAUAGCUUUUCAACCACUCAAGAUUCGGAUAGCAAUAGUGACGGCUGGCAUAUGAAAGCUGUAACUUCUAUACAGGCGCGUGUGCAAGGUGACGCUCCCGUCUGGAAUAAAGAGACUAAAAGGUGGCUAUCAAAGUACGGAGAUACUGCUGAGGCUGCUUAUAGAAGCAAUCUUGACACGGUGAACACUGCAUCGGUUGAAGGAGCUUUAAUGUUUGUGCAGGCAGAAGGAAUUAAUGUAAUUGAGCAGUCAGUCAAGUGUGAGCGGAAAAACAACAUGCAGUACAUUGUGUUCUACGAGAUCACAAUCGUACAACCGACAAACGGGAUUAAAUUCUAUGAAAAGCACACAACCCCAGAGUAUGGCGAAUUCGUCGCAAUGGAUGGCGGCAAGUGCACAGACGAAGGAUCUGAUUUAUCCACUAGCUGCAAAGUGUAUUACGGUCUAGAUGGAGAGCCAAAGAUUGGUCCGAUGGUGGGCAGUAACCUUCAGACAACAGAGCCACGUGCUCCAUACCCUGGCAAUUACUGGUUUUCGUACCCUGGAUCAUGUGCACAGAAGUUGCGUGCCGACAAGACAGACGAGUGUCGUGCUGAGUAUCCUGGUGGACUUUGUGCAAUGGGAGACAAACCAGACGGCGAGAAUUGCACGUUUAGCUACAAAAUUCUCGGUUACCUCAAUAUCGACGACCUAGUCGGUAUCACCGAAAUGAAUUACGGCAAUUAUACAGACUUCUGCGAAGAUGGUGGUAUCGAAUUCAAAGCCAUUAACAAUGGCAGUGGCUUUGAAGUAAGCGAUGCGAUCGAUUUCUGGAAAGAUCCAUGUGAUGAGAAUGCAAAUGUUAAUCGUACAUCUAUAAUGGUCAAAAUGUACAAUGAGAUAGCCAGCAGCAACAAAAGUGCCAAUAUGGAGGCACUUCCGACGGUUGAGAAUCUCACGUCAAUCAAUCCCAAGUGUUACGAAAACAGCGAAGCAUGUGCUACUGCUCAAUACGGCUGCAACCGUACCCUGUACUCUCAGGUUUGUACUGUUUGUACGUCUAACGCUAAUGGGUGCGAAGCUGCUCCUUCAAACUUCUCAUUCCCGAAGCUGACAAUACGUUCCGAUGCGUCGUCGGACUCGACGUCUUCGAAAACUUCGGACGCGAGUUCCUCAAAUCGUCCCAUUGCGCCUUUAGUUUCGUCGUUGCUAGUUGGUCUCGUGGCUCUUGUUGCCAGCAACCUUCUGUAA